AUGGAAGGUUUUGCCAGUACGUUGUUGUCGCUGCCAAGUUAUUCACCCCCCCUUCUCACUGGCGCCAUCGGUCAUGUCUGUGGGAACCGUCCGGUUCCGAAAGCCGUCGAUUCCCAAACCCGUGCCAACAACGAAGAUGCCUUCAUGUCAGACGACUUUCUUGACACCAUCAUAGCCGAGCCACUGGAAGGGCAUCUAAGCACCGACAAUAAACUGGUGCCAUACACGUAUAUGCAGUUUCCUGUAACACUCGAGGACUCCAGAGAAACAACAGUGUGUGCUGAUACCGGCUGCUCAAGUGUGAUGGUGUGUGAAAAUUGGCUCGCCACGUACGCGCCCAACGCACAGAUCACUACCGUACCACCAAUAUUCUCUUAA